CUGCGGAUGAAAAUGAUCGUUGUUUUGUAGCAACCACGGGGGAAAUUCAGUCCGGAGGUUUUUGAAUGACUUCUUUGUGAUCGUAAACUCAUCUACGGAAAUUGAGUAAAUUGGAUGUUUUGUGAUUGGGAGAAAACUAUCCUGCGUAAUAAUUUAGGAAGCUGUUCAGAGAGUCUUUUUUUGUGUGGAACGUUGUCGACACGCACUUAGCAACCUGGUCUGCACAGUUUGUAACAACCCAAACCCUGAGUACAACGUGGGGAACUUCACUUUGGAAUCUUUGUUGCGGUGUACGGGUGAAAUGGAGUUCUACUUAUAUGGAAAAUGCCCUGCCUAACUUCCUGAACUGAAAAGCAGUGAUGCCUGCUCCACCGAGCAGCGUCAUGCUGGAUGUAGAAACCAUUUUGGGCAUACACCGGCCCACCAAGAAACCCUCAAGCCUUAAAAAACCUCGUCAGCCCCCACCGCCAAAGUACAUCAAUAAGGAACGGGCCCUCGCCAUCGCGAAGAAGUUCAAGAUCUCUCAGAUCGGAAAGGUCUCUGUGCGAGCCGGGAGGAAUGGUGGUGACGACAUCCCGAAAGUUAGUCUACAGUCCGAGAAAGUCCUUACGCGACGGAUACUCCUCGACCGUGAAAAGGGGCUGGAGACGGCGAGGAAUACUAAGGACAGCGCGGUCGGGAAGUGCAUCCUCGGAAGAAACGAUUACGAAACGAGGAGAUUGGGUGUUGAGUUUGAUCAGCUGAAUGAGGAUGUUGAGAGGCGAAAGUACCAGCUCCUGCGACGGAAAAGUGUGUUUGUUCAAAAACGUGGUUUGACGCUCACUCAAAACGGUAUUGUGUUCGACUCGGAUGCUCCUUCUGGGGCUGUGCCAGGUUCACAUCCCAGCAGACGCGCAAAACCUCUCCCGGAUAUUCAAGAACCAGACAGAAAGCUAAGGGAUAAAUCUCCUUCCUACAUGCGCCCUCUAAGUUGCGAUCGUACCAGGUCGACGGAUUCACAAGUUGCUGAAGUAGAGAGGUUUCUAGCGAGCCCAACAAUGCAGCAGUUCACUAAAGGCCCGGAUGAAGACAGCACUUUGCUUGCAUUGCAGACGGUAAGCGAAGCCAACGACCUGGAAGCAGCAUCCAAUAUGGCGCCUACUAAUUCAUUACCAGCACGUCGGGUCAAACAACACGAAAUGAAACAUUCUGACCUCCCUGAAAUUGCAGAGAGUGUCUCGUCUGUUGGUUCAGAACAUGAUGUGUUUCACGACAUAGAUGAUGACGCAAAAAAAGGGUUACCCAAUUUCCCCAUUACCAAACCCCUGAGUAGAAGUACGUCAGUUCGAAUCACGGAGGCAGAAACUGAUGAUGUCAAGAGAAGACACUCGACCGCUUAUUCGGGACUUCGGCGAUCUGUCGGCAAAUCCGAAAGCGACCGAACAGCUGGACCUGAAUCGGCAAUAGUUCGCCCGUCAUCUCGCAAGCGUUCCCGUCGUACAUCUUCAAUUCGCUCAAGAACUCACUCGGGUUCCCGCCCAAAAUCACACGGGAAAUCCCGAAGUAAACGUGUGUCAUUCUCGCAGAAGCCGAACCCUACCCGCUUCAAUGUGUCAAGCCCCUCGAAGGACCCGAGGUUUACCGAACUCACUUCGAAUCUCAUACCCGAUUCGGCGAAAGCUUUCGAUCUUUACCGAUCCAUGGGUAGGUUGAGUGUAUUGGACAAAUUGCAUAAGGAGACCGAGUCGAACGUUUCCGAUGGACUUCGUACGAAAAUGGAAAAGAUCGGUCCGAUUCGACCGGUCGGCAACAUCAAAAGCAUUUGAUACUUUGUCGAUAAUUUUUGGAGCAUAAACUGAUAAGAAGGGCGCCCUCUUUCACUACUGCUGAACGGAUUGUACGUCUUAUUCUGCGAUUCUACCUGAAACUUUAUGACCGUUUAUUUAAUAUCACACACCUUUCUUCCGAAAAAGUUUGAAAUGUUCAGCGUCGGUUUCACAUAAAGAUCUAAGAUAAAUCUUAAAGAAACUUCACAGAAUUGGUAAGACAAAAAAACCAUAAAACGUAACGGUCUAAUGAUGAUGAUACAUUAGAAAACAUCCCUUGAAUAUUUCUGUCUGAAAUGACCAAGAUGGCCGAUUUAUCUCAAACUUCUCAGUUUAUGAAUAUAAAAUGGUGGAAUACAUGAAGUAACUGUUUUAUUGGAAAAAAAGUAACCAACUUGAGAUUUAUAUUGUGACAUCACACUUUGCUUAACAAUAAAAGUGGAUUAUACCUGUGAUAUCCAAGCGCUUUGUGAAAUCUGAUUUGCCAUAAAAGUUGAAAUUUUCUAAUCUUUUGAUGUAAUUCCAAGAGUUAUUAAAAUGUACUAAUUUACUGUUUAAAAGUUGUCCCUUCCC